UUUAGGGUUUUGGCUUUUUUCUCUCAUCGAACAAAAAGAAAGCUCUGAACUUUCUUUCGCCUCUCUUCCAGCCCAAUUAGCCUCCCUCUUCCUCCUCUGCGCUUCCCUCCGUUACCCGAUAUUCAAAAUCUUAUAUAUAUAUAUAUAUAUAUAUGACUUCUUUCAGUUUCAGGAAAACAAGAAUAAGCAAAUAAUUCUACAAUUUUCGUUUCGAAUCUGCUUUCCGGGCUUUUCGGUGAAACAAGGACUGUACAUUGAGAUGGAGACUGCAAUUGUUCCUGUUUCCAUGCCUGAUACACCUAUUACUCCUACUGAGAAUGGUGAGCCGCUUAGUUCUGAAGUACAGCCGAGUAAACGGAGGAGGAAGAAGUCUAUUGUCUGGGAUUAUUUUACUGUGGAGACUGUUGGAGAUGGAUGUAUCAGGGCCUUCUGUAAUCAGUGCAAAAAAUCAUUUGCUUACAUUACUGGUUCAAAGCUAGCUGGAACUAGCCACCUCAAAAGACACAUUGCAUUGGGUAUCUGCCCUUUAAGUCGUCAGAGAAAUCAGCAGACACCAGACCCUAAAACUGGUAAUGCUGUUGAUGAACACGGAAAAGACAACGAACAACUCAGAGAAUUGCAAACAUCCCUUUUAACCAGGAAAACUGCAACCAUGAGAUAGCUAAGAUGAUCAUAAUGCAUGAGUAUCCCCUCCACAUUGUGGAACACCCUGGUUUUAAUGAUUUUGUGCGGACUCUUCAACCACAGUUCAAUAUGGUGAGUUUCAACACUAUUCAAGGAGAUUGUGUUGGAAUGUACUUGAAAGAGAAGCAGAGCCUUCUCAAUUUUAUCAAUGAAAUUCCAUGUCGGGUCAGUCUUGCAUUAGAUUUGUGGAUUUCAAAUCAAACCGUGGGUUAUGUUUUUCUAACAGGACAAUUCAUUGAUACUGAGUGGAAUUUGCAUCGCUGCCUGCUUAAUGUGGUCACAGUACCAUCCCCUGAUUCAGAUGGUGCCUUACAGCAAGCUGUUGUUUCUUGUCUGUCUGAAUGGCAUUUGGAGAAUAGGCUAUUUACCCUUACUCUUGAUCAGUCCUUCUCAAAUGAGAACAUAAAUGAAAGCCUACGAGCUCUGUUUUCUGGCAGGAACCCUUAUGUGCUUCAUGGUCAGUUAUUGAUUGGAAAUUGCUUUGCUCGCGUUAUAAGUCUUCUUGCACAAGAGGCACUAUGGUCUGUGUGGGUAACUGUGAAUAAAAUCCGAGAAAGUGUGAAGUUUGUGAAAACUUCAGAUACUCAUGAAGAGACAUUUUUCCAUCUUAAGGAACAACUUAAGGACCCUAGCACAAAAGACAUAUUCAUCGAUGAUCAAACAAAGUGGAACACAACUUAUGACAUGUUGGUGGCUGCCUGCGAACUAAAGCAGGUAUUUCUGUUCUUGGAGACCUCCUUUCCUGAUUAUAAUAUAGCCCCAACAUUGGAUGAUUGGAAGCAAAUAGAAAUUCUCUGCACGUACUUGAAGCUUUUCUUUGAUGCUGUCAGUAUUUUAACUGCCCAAACAUACCCAACUGCCAGUGCAUUCUAUCAUGAAGUGUCAAAAGUUCAAUUAGAGUUGACACAUGCCUCAAUGAGCAAUGAUCCAUUUAUCAGCAACUUGACCAAGCCUUUGAAGGAGAAGUUUGAUAGAUAUUGGAGUGACUGCUUCUUAGUUUUGGCGAUUGCUGUGGUAAUGGAUCCAAGGUUCAAAAUGAAACUCGUUGAGUUUAGCUUCUCUAGGAUAUAUGGUGAUGAUGCUGGAAUGUGGAUUAGAUUGUUGAUGAUGGGAUUCAUGAGCUCUACCAUGAAUAUACCAUACAAGAAGUUCCUCCACCUGAAACAUUUGUGGAAGAACGGAAUGAAAUCAGUAUCCCUGAAGAGAAUGGGAGCAUCAUCCCCAAAAUUGAACCUCCUGAAAAUGGCUACCUUCAAGAGCGACUAUCUGAAGAAGGAUACCUCCAAGAUGGACCAUCUCAAGAAGAUACUUGUCAUGAAAUGCCCCAUCAAGAAGUAGCCUCUCAAGAAGUACCUUCUUCGGAUCCCCUUAUUUGUAUUGGAGAUGGACUUUCAGAUUUUGAGGUCUAUAUCUCCGAGAUCGGUGAUAGCCAGCAAACAAGAUCUGAAUUGGAUCAAUAUCUCGAAGAGUCACUUUUGCCUCGAGAACAUGAUUUCAAUAUUCUGAGCUGGUGGAAACUAAACAAGAGAAAGUAUCCAAUUCUCUGGAGGAUGGCUUCUGAUAUUGUCAAUCCCAUUUUCUACUGUUAGUUCUGAUAUUGUUUUUGACUCGGAAAGAAAAAGGAUGGAUAAUUACCACAGUUCAUUACAUCCAGUGACACUUGAAGCUCUUAUUUGCGCAAAGGAUUGGCUUCAGUAUGGAACAUCACAGAGUUCCGAAUGAAUUGUGAAGAUGGAAAAAUUCUAGAGUAUGGAUUUUGUCUUGUGUCAUCUUUUACAAGAUAUGAUAGUGGUGAUUCUCAUCUCAGCAUAAUUCCUCUACGCCUCAUAUGUUAGAUGCUUUAUAGGAUUCUUAGUAGCCACUAAUGGAAUCGACACAUUAUUCUUAGUUCAGUGAAUCAAAUCUUCUUUUGAUUCAUAUAAAUUACUAGUGUUUCUCGA